AGAUAUAUCACAAGUUCAGCUAUAUCCCUCUGUGUCUUUACAGUUUGGAUUAUAUGGCUCACUCAAAAAUUUUCUUCGGGUUAUGUUUCUCUAUGCUAUUGCUUGGAUUAGUCCGUGCACAGUUAUCAACCAAUUUCUAUGCAACAACAUGCCCUAAAGCCCUCUCUACCAUCAGAACUGCUGUACUAAAAGCAGUUGUCAAGGAGCAUCGCAUGGGAGCCUCCUUGCUCCGUCUCCAUUUCCAUGACUGCUUCGUUAAUGGAUGUGACGCAUCAGUCCUAUUAGAUGACACUUCAAGUUUUACUGGAGAAAAGACUGCAGGCCCAAAUGCAAAUUCUUUGAGAGGUUAUGAUGUGAUUGAUACCAUAAAGUCUCAAUUGGAGUCAAUUUGCCCUGGAGUUGUUUCUUGUGCUGAUAUUCUGGCUGUUGCUGCUCGAGAUUCAGUUGUUGCAUUGAGUGGACCAUCAUGGACAGUUCAAUUGGGGAGAAGAGAUUCGACCACAGCAAGUUUGAGUGCUGCUAAUUCCGAUCUUCCAUCUCCACUCAUGGAUCUGAGUGACCUUAUUACUUCCUUCUCAAAUAAAGGGUUCACUGCCAAAGAAAUGGUUGCUCUCUCAGGAUCUCACACAAUAGGGCAAGCCAGGUGCCUGAUGUUUCGAAACCGUGUCUACAAUGAGACCAGCCUAGAUUCAACCUUGGCAACAUCAUUAAAAUCAAAUUGUCCAGACACAGGCAGUGAUGACAGCCUUUCUUCACUGGAUGCUACUACUCCUGUCACAUUUGAUAACUCUUAUUUCAAGAACCUGGUAAACAACAAGGGACUUUUGCACUCUGAUCAACAGCUUUUCAGUGGAGGCACUACGGACUCGCAGGUCAAGACAUACAGCAUCAAUUAUGCUACAUUCUAUGCUGAUUUUGCUAGUGCCAUGGUAAAGAUGGGUAGCAUUAGCCCCCUAACAGGAAGCGAUGGACAGAUUCGUACCAACUGCGCCAAAGUAAACUGAACCUCACAGUUAAUUAAGUAAUGUUAGCCAUUAGUAAGGCUUUGGCUAAUUCUCUUCAAUUGUCAAUUUAAAAAAUAAAUGUUGUUAUUUGGUGUAGACUGUGUUU